AUCAGUAGCUUCUGAAAUCCACCACCAUGAACACCAAGGUCUUCAUCCUCCUCGGUCUGGCAGCCAUUGCCGCUGCAGACAGUUUCGAGUCCUACGAAUACAGACCACCACAUAGACGCUCCUCCGAGGAAUCCUACGAAUCCGGAGAAGCCAAGUACGACUUCCAAUGGGCUGUCGAUCACGAUGACUCCGGCAACAACUACGGACACCAGGAGGCCCGUGACGGCGACCACACUCAGGGAUCCUACUACGUGCACCUUCCCGACGGCCGCCUCCAGACCGUCAAGUACUUCGUGGACGGCGACUCCGGCUACGUGGCUGAGGUCAACUACGAUGGCGAAGCUCGAUUCCCCGACUCCUACGAGUCUGCUUCCUUCGAGUCCCGCGAAUAUAGACCACGAUAUUUCUAUGACUCCAAUGAGUCUAAGUAAUCAUAUUACUUAGCUGAUCCUCAUGACAUAAAGACUUUUAUAAGACCUUUUAUUUAUAUAUUUAUAAAUGAAUCUAUUAAAUCUGCAUU